CCCCUGGGCCAAAAGGUCACAAUGUUCAGGGAGCACUUUACCAGGAAGGGGGGAUGAAGAGAGAGAGGCCUGGGGAUUUGUCAAGGUCAAAGCAGAGUGUAGGAGAAAUAGUAUAAAAACACAAGGAGGAAAGUCACUCAAAUAAAGGACAGUUAAGAGGAAAGAGGUUUGUGAAGAAGUCAGGGACAUAAGACGUCUAGCACACUGGGUAGUUUUUGGGUUGUUAAAGUGAUUAGAUUCCUCUGUUAGAAUGAAAGUGCACUGUUUGACUCUUCUAGUCCUGUCACUCUCAGUGAUCAGCGUACAGGCCUUAUGGAGGGUAAAACUGAAGAAAAUGCCCUCCAUAAGAGAAACCCUCAAGGAAAUGGGUGUCACUCCAGCUCAAGUGCUGUCUCAAAUUAUGCCGAAAUUUGAUGAACCCUCACCCACCAAUGGCACAGCACCAACACCUCUAAUAAACUACUUGGAUGUACGACCCAACACCCAGUUGACACCUUUGCAAUGCUAUUUAGUAAUACAAAACAGGAGAAAUAACUUUCCUGUUAAAAGAAAAGAUAUACAAUUUAAAUACCAGCAAACACUUUAUAAUUUUGAUAUUUGUAAUCACUCUGUUUUUCAGACUCAAUACUUUGGGGAGAUCAGUAUUGGUUCACCAGCUCAGAUGUUCAACGUUGUGUUUGACACUGGUUCUGCAAACCUCUGGGUUCCCUCACAUAGCUGUUCUCCUCUAUACACAGCCUGUUUUACACACAACAGGUACGAUUCUUCAAAAUCCCUCACUCAUAUUUUCAAUGGCACAGGAUUCUCCAUCCAGUAUGCUUCUGGAUACGUCCGGGGAUUUCUGAGCGAGGAUGUGGUUAUUGUGGGUGGUAUUCCAGUGGUGCAGGUCUUUGCAGAGGCCACGGCUCUUCCUGCGAUACCAUUCAUCUUUGCCAAGUUUGAUGGAGUGUUAGGCAUGGGUUAUCCAGAUGCAGCUAUUGAUGGAAUUACACCUGUUUUUGAUCGCAUCAUGUCACAACAUGUCCUAAAAGAGGAUGUUUUCUCUGUGUACUACAGUAGGGACCCAACACACAUACCUGGUGGAGAGCUUGUGCUCGGGGGCACAGACCCGAACUACCACACUGGAUCUUUCCACUAUAUCAGCACCAAAGAGGAAGGCAAGUGGGAGGUCAACAUGAAAGGAGUUUUGGUGGGGGCAGAUACACUGUUUUGCAUGGACGGCUGUACGGCUGUAAUUGAUACAGGCUCCUCCUACAUCACAGGCCCUGCCUCCUCUGUUUCUAUUCUGAUGAAAACAAUUGGUGCCGUUGAACUGGCAGAGGGAGGGUAUACUGUGAACUGUGAUCUGGUGAAGUCUUUGCCCAGUGUGGCCUUUCAUCUUGGUGGUCAGGAAUAUCCUCUCACAGAAGAGGAUUAUAUUCUCUGGCAGUCAGAGUUUGAGGAGGACAUCUGUACUGUGACGUUCAAAGCGUUGGAUGUGCCUCCCCCAACUGGUCCUGUCUGGAUACUGGGGGCAAAUUUCAUAGCUCGAUAUUAUACUGAGUUUGAUCGGAGAAACAAUCGUAUUGGCUUUGCUCGAGCAGUCUGACAAUCACUGGGUUCACUUUGACUGUUUCUACUAGCCUAACAUCAUACUGCACAUAUCAUAUAUAAAGUACAUUUAGCAGGCCACUUGAUCUGUCACAAUAAUAUCAUUUUACUAAAUUAACUUGUAAGUUAUAAAUGCUGUCCUCUUAAGAGUUUAUUCUUAGUUAAAUUCAUUUUUCUGUGAUCCAGAUUUGGAUGAAGAUAUUGGGGGCUGGUCCUAUCAUAGCAAAUGAUUUGUCCUGUGUCAGGAGUGAUUUUACAACAGAGGAGGAGCAUAAGAGUUUAUAUCUUUUUCUAAUUAGCUCAGAGAGGGAAAAUAGUUUUGCAUUCCCUUGCAAAUUCCAAGUUUCACUACAAAAAUUAAAGACACUUUGUAUAUUUCUGUGUUAGGUUUCGCAACUCCUUUAUAUUAUUUGCACUGUUCCAUCCUGUCUCUGAUGUUAAGUAACUGUAUGUUCUCUGACUUGAGCAUCAAAAAUAAAAAAUGUGUGCAAUUAAUGAUUGCUACAUGUAAAUUAAACACUAUAUCCUAGAAAUCCACUUGCAUUUUGCACCACUAUAAUCACCAUUGUAAUCUACUAAUAUAGAAAUACUUUACAAUAAUGUUGUAUUCAUUAACAUACUAUUGUUCUUCGUUAGUUCAUUAACUAAAGUUAACAUAUACGAAUUUGAAUAUAAAUCUUUUUUAGUAUAUGUCGAAAUUGACACCAACCAAGAUUAAUAAAUGCAUUUAAAGCACUGUUCAUUUUGUUUGUUUUAACUUUCGUGUUAACUAAUGUUAACGGAUACAAUCUUAUUGUAAAGUGUUCCCAGUAAGACUUACUUUAGAUAUUUAUUACAAAUAGCUGUAAACUGGUUUCACAUGUAACCAUGUUUAGCAGUGCCCUACAAUGUGUGAAUAAAAUAAAAACCCAAUAAAUGAAAUACAACUGGA